AUGAGUACGGGAACACCAGCAGUUGUCAUGGACAACGGUACCGGAUUGACCAAAUUAGGAUUUGCCGGAAACGAUUCACCUUCCUUUGUAUUCCCCACGGCCAUUGCGACGUCCUCUGUGUCCUCGAAAGCGGGCAAAGGCCCUACAAACAGAGCUUCUAACUUGUCAUCCAAAAGAGGUUUGGAAGAUUUGGAUUUUUUUAUUGGUGACGAAGCAAUAGAAGCUGCGAGCGGUCUGCAAUAUAGCUUACACUACCCUAUCAAGCAUGGCCAGGUUGAAGACUGGGACCAAAUGGAAAGAUUUUGGGAAAGCUCCAUUUUCCAGUACUUGCGAUGUGAGCCUGAGGACCAUUAUUUUUUAUUGACCGAGCCACCAUUAAAUCCUCCCGAGAAUCGAGAAAGUACUGCUGAGAUUAUGUUUGAAAGUUUCAACUGUGCAGGGUUGUACAUUGCUGUUCAAGCAGUGUUGGCGUUAGCUGCAUCGUGGACGUCACCAAAGGUGCAAGAUAGAUCUUUGAGUGGAACAGUGAUAGAUUCUGGUGACGGUGUAACGCACAUUAUACCGGUUGCCGAGGGAUACGUUGUUGGAGCUGCGAUAAAAAAUAUCCCAUUGGCUGGUAGAGAUAUAACAUUGUUUAUCCAGCAAUUAUUGAGAGAUAGAGGCGAGCUUGAUACUAGUUUGCAAACUGCUGAAAAGAUUAAACAAAAGUUUUGUUAUGUAUGUCCCGAUAUGGUGCAGGAAUUUACCAGAUUUGAUCAAUAUCCAAAGGAGAAGUUUGCUCAAUAUAUAGUUGAGUAUGCUGACAAGAACAAGAACAGAGUUGUUGAUGUAGGAUACGAAAGAUUUUUGGCACCUGAGAUUUUUUUCAACCCGGAAAUCUGCUCCUCGGACUUCUUGACCCCCUUGCCGAUUGUUGUUGAUCAAGUAAUCCAAGCUUCUCCCAUUGAUGUACGAAAGAAGCUUUAUAAAAACAUAGUUUUAUCUGGUGGGUCUACCAUGUUCAAAGAUUUUGGAAAAAGGUUGCAAAGGGAUUUGAAGGCUAUUACUAAGGAGAGAGUCUCUUUGAGUGAAAGACUUAGUGGCGCUCAAAGUAGCGGUGUAGAAGUUCAAGUGAUUUCUCACAAGAAGCAAAGAAACGCCGUUUGGUUCGGAGGAUCAUUAUUGGCACAAACUUCCGAGUUCAAAAGCUUUUGUUACACGAAAAAAGACUAUGACGAAUAUGGACCAAGCAUUGUAAGAAACUUUUCAUUAUUCGCAGUCCCUUGA